UCCAUCCAGUUCCAUAAGGAAAAUAAAAGUAUUCCUGCUCAAAACCCACUCUUUUUCCAUCGUUUCGGUGGAAAAAUUCUUCGACCUGGGUUUUGAUUUUUUAUCAAACGAUUGAAACAAAACCCGCUACUUUUUUCCUACCAUUUUGGUUGGAAAAUUUGUUCUACAUGGGUUUUGAAUUUUAAUCGUAGCAUUAGCAGGAAUACUUUCCCUUUCCACAACUAAAUUGGAACGACAAAAAAAAAAAGAAAAAGAGGGUUAAAAAAUGGUGGGAAAAGCGGCAGUGUCGGUUCUAUCCCUUAUUUUAGUGGUGGGAGUUGCUUUGGCAGUGGUGGCAGUUGUUAACAUGAACAAAUCCGGCAGUUUGGACACUGAGAAUAUGUCCCCCAAAAUGAAAGCUAUUGCUUCCAUAUGUUCUCAGACUGAUUACCAAAAAGAAUGUCAAGAUACUCUGGGGGUCCUGGCUAAGAAUUCUACCUCGGACGACCCGAAGGAGUACAUUAAAACAGCUAUUAUGGCGACUGUUGAUGAGAUUAAGAAAGGGUUCAAUUUGACGGACUCCCUUAUGGUGGAGGCUGGUAACAGUGCCUUCAUGAAGAUGUCGGUUGAAGAUUGUAAGGAUUUGCUCCGCUUUGCGGUUAGAGAGCUCCAGGCUUCUUACUCCAGCGUUGGGGCCAACGAUGAGCGCUCCCAAGAGGAGCGAGUCUCGGAUAUCAAUACCUGGCUCAGCGCCGUCAUUUCUUAUCAGGAAUCUUGCCUCGACGCCCUUGGAGAAUCCAACCCCAAGCUCAAAGAAACCAUGGGAGCUGGUAGUCUCGACUUUGCAACCAAGCUUACCAGCAACGCUCUCGCUAUUUUCUCUGAGGUCUCGAAGAUUCUCGGUAAUUAUGGCCUGCAAUUAAAGGCCCCUCAGCCAAAUGGACGCCGUUUGCUCGGACACACAGAAGUGGGGAGCGACGGUUUCCCAACAUGGUUUUCCAAGGCGGACAGGAAGCUGCUGGCGGCGGCGAGGAGAGGAGGAGGAGGAGUGGUGGGAGUGAAACCGAACGUGGUGGUGGCAAAGGACGGGAGUGGGAAUUACAAGACCAUUGGUGCAGCAUUGGCUGCAGCUCCAAAGAAUUCCAAGACACGAUAUGUGAUCUACGUGAAAGCAGGGAUCUAUGAUGAGUAUGUCACUGUAACUUCAGACUUGACCUACAUUUUCAUGUACGGAGAUGGCCCGAGAAAAACCAUCGUCACUGGCCGCAAGUCCGCCCGCGACGGCAUCAACACCAUGAACACCGCCACCUUUGCUGCCGUUGGAUUUCACUUCCUCUGCAAAGCAAUGGGAUUCCAAAACACAGCCGGUCCGGAAGGGCACCAAGCGGUGGCCCUCCGCGUCCAGUCGGACAGAUCGGCGUUCUAUGAAUGCCGAAUAGACGGCUACCAAGACAGUCUCUACGCCCAAACUAACCGUCAAUUCUACCGCAACUGCGUCAUCUCCGGCACUGUCGAUUUCAUCUUCGGCGAGUCGAGCACCAUCAUCCAGAACAGCCUCAUCAUCGUCCGGCGGCCGAUGCAGGGCCAGCAGAACACGGUGACCGCCGACGGGCGCAAGGAAAACAGGGAGCUCAGCGGGCUGGUGAUCCACAACUGCCGAAUCGUGCCAGAGCAGAAGCUGUUCGCGGACCGGUUCAAGAUCCCCACAUUCUUGGGACGGCCGUGGAAGAAGUACGCACUGACAGUAAUCAUGGAGAGCACAUUGGGGGAUUUGAUCCAGCCCGCCGGGUACAUGCCGUGGGAAGAAGAUUCCCGAGACACGUGUCAGUACCUGGAGUACGCAAACAGGGGACCGGGAGCCAACACUGCGAGGAGAGUGAAGUGGAAGGGMGUUAGGGUUAUUGGAAGGAACGAGGCUCUUAAGUUUACGGUUGGAUCACCAUUUCUCAUCGGAAAUGUCUGGCUUCCGGAAACCCGCGGAAAAUUCUUACCUGGAUUGAAGAACUAGAAAAGAGAGAUCCACUAACCCGCCAUUCUUAUCUCACCAAUUAUUGUUAAUUCAACACAUUUGGAUUUUUUGUAUCUCUUUGUGGGAUGCACACAAUUACAAGAUGUGUUUACAUGUUAUGAAUCUUCAUAUAGUUAAUCAUGUUGUUUACUCAUAUUAACUUACUUAAGCCAACGCUUAGUCCAUCAUUUGAUUUUAUUU